AUGGGUGCUCCGUGUCCGCGGACCCUUCACUGUCUGUGUGAUCUGUCCUACGAGCGUGACGCAGGGGUCACAAGCUCUCGCCCAAAUCCAAUUUAUGUGCGUGUUGGGGAGGUUGGUGGCAACACUCUGGGUUUCUACGGCUGCCAGAUGAGUCCAGAUGGCUCCAUGAUCGCUGCUCAUGCUUUUCAUGGAGCGCUACAUCUCUGGUGCAAAGACCAAAAUCAAGAGGGACAAUGGAGGCCUGGGGUUGUGAUAUCGGGCCACUUUAAUGCGGUCCAGGACCUGAGCUGGGACCCUGAGGGGGAGUUCAUCCUCAGCGUGGGCUCGGACCAGACCACCAGACUCUUCACCCCAUGGAGGAAACAAGAUGAUAAACAGGCAACCUGGCAUGAAAUCUCCCGGCCGCAGAUCCAUGGAUACGACAUGCAGUGUCUGGCCAUGGUGGGAAGGUUUCAGUUUGUGUCGGGAGCCGAUGAGAAGGUCCUGCGAGUGUUUCAAGCACCUCGAAACUUUGUGGAAAACUUCGCUAACAUCUCUGGGACGUCAAAAGAAAAGCUGUUGACAUCUAGUGACGCUGCCAACCUUCCAGAAGGAGCCAGCACACCUGCCUUGGGUCUGUCCAACAAGGCCGUAUUUCAGGGUGACCUUGCCCACAAAAGCAACGAAGGGGAGUUCAACAGUGUAUCUGAUCAAUACCAGUCUGAGUCUUACUUCAACCCGCUCAUCAUGACAGAGCCCCCACCCGAGGAUCAUCUUCUCCAGAACACACUGUGGCCUGAGGUCCAGAAACUAUACGGCCACGGAUUUGAGAUGUUCUGCCUGGCCUCAGACAGCAGCAGAGCGCUGGUGGCAUCUGCAUGCAAGGCGUCCAAAGCGGAGCAUGCGGGCGUUCUGCUGUGGAGCACGACGACAUGGCGCCAGCUGCAGACGCUGCCCUGCCACACCCUCACCGUCACCCAGAUGGCCUUCUCCCCGGAUGCUCAACUCCUAUUGGCUGUUUCCCGUGAUCGCACCUGGUCUUUAUGGAGACAGAACCCGCCCACAGCUGAGAGUCCAGAGCCCCGGUUCUUACUACAUGCACACACAGAGAAAGACACAGCCGUACACAGCCGCAUCAUCUGGUCAUGUGACUGGAGCCCAGACAGCAAAUACUUUGUGACAUCCAGUCGGGACAAGAAGGUGAUAGUGUGGGGGCCGUGCGGGUCAGAGGACUCUGGAGACGCUCCUCUGUCUCCUGAGAUCAAACCCUGUUCCUCCAUCUUGGAUGUGGGAGAUUCUGCUACUGCUGUGGCUUUCUGCCCCACACUCUGCUCUGAUAACAGCUUCCUGCUUGCUGUGGGGCUGGAGAGCGGCAGGAUCUUGCUGUACAGGUGGAGCCCUGACUUGGGGUCUGCUGGAGGAAACGACUGGAAACACUGUGGAGGAACAGACAUCUCACAAAGCCACGCGCUGACGGUGAAGAGGCUCCGCUGGAGGCCCCGGGCCGGGCAAGCAGGGCGAGAGAACGAGGAGGACGGAGCGAGUGAGGGAGAGAGGGAAGAAGAGGAGGAGGAGAGCUCCUGGGUCCAGCUUGCCAGCGCCAGCGCCGACCACUCUGUCAAGAUCUUCAACAUCAACAAACGGGCUCUUUAGCACCACCAACAGUGACACUAUUAUGUCCCUCACAUGCAGACAGAUACUUGGACCGAGGGCCACAGGCCACAGCUGCUUGCUGGCAAGCCUCUCACUCUCUGUGACAGCCAGUUAAGUCAUGGGUCAGUCGCAGGACCAACCAACCCCCCCCGCCCCCCCACCAGUCUGUCUGCACACAGCUGAGCAGAUCUGAUGGGUGGAAGCAAGACGGCAAAAACACCAUGACCCCGGGUGGUCUUUCACUUCAUAGUGUUUCAGAUUCAGAGAGGACCACGCUGCUGGAUCUCCACCCAGAUCACAUAUUUAUCCAAGCUAACAUUAUACAGGGACUCUUUUCAGUUACAAAUCACAAAGGUGUACUAUGAUUUGGUUUCAUGACAAAUUAAUUAAAUGUUUUUUAUUUCUAAGAUUUGUCUUGGGUCUCUGAAUGAAGCUACAGUGGUUGCAAUGGUACCUGUGUUUUUACAUGGUUUAGCACAAGUACUAAAGACUUGUAAUUACAGGUAAUAUAUUUGGACAUCAUAGACGUUGCUGUAUUUCAUUUUUUGAUAUUGGCUGCAGGGGUCUCCAUUUAUUUCUGUAUGAAAAACACUCUGCUGACUUGGGGGAAAUAAGUGUUAAAGCUAACUUCAAGUCUGCAUUAAUUUUAACAUUUGUUUUACCUAGCAAGUUGUUAUGACAUAAUGCAGCGCAUACUUCUCAAAUCAAUUUGCAAUUAUACAAAUUGAACCUAAAAACACUUGGGGUGAUGAAUUACUCCUCUUAAAAUCUACAGAAAUUGCUUCCAUAAUGCCUGGAAAGGAGUAAGAAUCAGUCAAUAAUGUACAUUUUCAUUAACAAAAGGGAAACAAUAAUUCCCAGUUGCAUAAGUCUGGUUUCGACAAGUUCAACCAGGUGAAAUUAUCAACAAGUCCUCCAUCUCAUACGACCAAAUGGGCCGAUUGUUCAGGCCCUUAUUACGACCAAAUAUGUCGUUUGUUCAAGCGCUUAA